AGCCAGACAACAGAAGCCAGUGCAUAUUUGUGGACUGAAGCCAGGACAUGGAUGUGAAUGAAUGGAGUGUGUGUGAUGAAUGGAUGUGUCCACUGGUGUUCUUCACAGAUGUCAGCUGGCAUAUGUUUGUAUGAGUGAAUUCCCAUUUGAAUGCUGUUGAGAUGAAAUGAGUGCGUGUAGGUGUGUGAAUAUCAUGUGUGAGAGGUGGACUAUGGCUAUGCCAAAUAACCAGCUUUAUAUAUUUCUGGCAUAUUUAGACUUCUGAAUGUUCUGGUCUUGCUUGUCAUGCAGUGAGAUCAGCUAUUAUGCAUGUGAUUUGCAAUCUCUCUGCUUUAAUGGAUCAGUUCCUGAUCUGAGUCAGGUUGUUCUCUGAAGCAGGCUUGAUUUCUUGCCAGAUUUCUCUUGGAAGAUUUGAAUCACAUAAGAGGAGGAGCAGAAGCAGAAAUGUGGCACCCAGAGCUCUUUUACUUUCAGAGAGUAGUAAAGGGAUGUUGUUGUUUUAAUAGCCAGGAUAAAGAAAGGAAUCCAGUAAUGGAAAAGGAAAGUGCUUUUUGAAGAAGAAAGGAUAUAAACAGGGAAUCGCAUACUCUCUACUACUGCCCAGGAAAAAUGUCACGGCCAGCAAACAGAAGACCAGAGAACCCCAAAAUAAGCAGAGAGCUUUUUGUACUCACUUACGGCGCUUUGGUGGCUCAGCUGUGUAAGGAUUACGAAAAGGAUGAAGAUGUGAACAAAUAUUUGGACAGCAUGGGGUAUAACAUUGGCAUCAGGUUAGUUGAAGACUUCUUGGCUCGCUCCUCUGUGAAGAAGUGCCGGAGUUAUUCUGAAACGACAGACAUAAUUGCACAGGUUGCUUUUAAGAUGUAUCUGGGUGUUGUGCCAACUGUGACUUGCAGUAAUUCCACACGGUUCUCCCUCAUUCUGGACAAGAACCCCUUGGUGGACUUUUUGGAAGAGCUGCCGGCGGGGAGAUCUUCACUUUGCUAUUGCAGUCUCUUGUGUGGGGCCAUAAGAGGUGCUCUAGAAAUGAUACAUCUGGCUGCUGAAGUUACUUUCAUCCAAGACACUCUGAAGGGGGAUGAUGUGACAGAAAUUGGAAUUGCAUUCUUAAAGAAGAUUGAAACCAGGAAACACAAAAGAAAUAAGUGAAGCCAUAUCUGAAGUCACUAUGUGUGGACAGUUAAUAUUUUUGACCCUCUGUACCUGCCUAGAAAGAUGUUAUUCCUGAUCCAGAAAAGGCAUUCGAUACAGAACCGUGGUGUGGAUGGUGCCACCUCUGGAUCAGGCCCAGCACUCCCAAAUGUUUGCUAUGUGGGGCAUGAACUCUGCACCAACCCACAACCCAACAUGGACAUGAAUGGUGCAUGGUUCUCCCUCCUGGCUCAACUGCAGAUGAGUCCAGGGUGUCUUGAGGGAAUGGCUGCCUCUCCUGCAUGCUUAGGUCAUCCUGCUCUACAUUCUUCAGCCAGGUAAAGUUAGAUGGGUGGCUAUGAGGCACAGGAACUGACUUAGCGGAGGCGCACUCACUGUGGAACUCCCUGCUUCAGAAGGCUUAGCAGCCUAGCUAUUUCAGGCUUAAAGAGACUCAUCAAUGUAGUACUUGUUAGAAGUGUGGGCAAGAUUUCUUUUUAUUCUUCUGAAGGAGUUGACUAUUUCCCCAGAGUG